AUGCACAUCUGUGAGACGGACCAGUUCAGCAUGGGGGUGUUCCUGCUGAAGAGCGGGGCCUCUAUCCCGCUGCACGACCACCCGGGCAUGCACGGCGUGCUCAAAGUCAUGUACGGGAAGGUCCGGAUAAGCUGCUUCGACCGGCUCGAGCGACCGGCCGGGGGCGGGGGCGCGCUGCCCCGGGCGGAGAUGGGCGCUCUGCGGCGCUACGUGCUUCGCUCCACCGGGGAGUACACGGAGGAGAGUGGACCCUGCGUCCUCUCCCCCGACCGGGACAACCUCCACCAGAUUGACGCCGUGGAUGGGCCCACAGCUUUCAUGGACAUCUUAGCCCCGCCGUACGACCCGGACGACGGCAGGGACUGUCACUACUACAAGGUGCUGCCCGGGGAGGGGGUCAAAGACUCGGAGCAGACGGAGAAGGAGGUCUGGCUCAUGGAGAUCUCGCAGCCUCCGGAGUUCUGGUGCGGAGGGGAGCCGUACCCGGGCCCGGAGGUGUGCCUCUGAUCCCCCCUCCACCCUCCCGGAGCCCUGCAGCCUGGCUGGAUCCACAAAGGAUCUCCAGUCAUCAUCAGAGCCGCCAGCAGGCGCAGAGUAAAGGGCCAAAUGUGGGAUUAAACUGUGGUAAAGGGUAGAAAUGAUGCGUCAGCCCUGCAGCACACACUCUGCGAGCGUGAACUUUAUUCACUCCAGCUUCUGCUUCAGUUGGACAAACAUCGGAGCCUCAGGCAACAGUCAACGACUUCCUGCCUGUGCUGUGAUCCCCGUGGAUGUGACGGUCAGGAACCCACAUCUGAAUCAUCUGUUGAUGUGCUCACUUUCAGGAAGUAGUUUUAUUUUUAAAAACUGAGGCUCUUUACUCUACAGAGACUCCAGUUAAGCCAGAGUCUGUCCUGAAACCUGACUGAACGCUAACAAACCUCUUUCAUAUUUAUAUUUACUCUGCUCAGUGACACUAACUGGAUAUGGAGGACCUCAGCUGCCCAAAUCACACAUAAAUCCAUUGUUGAAUCGA